AGCCAUUGGGCGGUCCGCGCUAGUGCGCAGGCGCGUCUGGACUUAGGCGGACCGAAGUACUGCUGGCCCAGCACCGGCAGUUGAAGUUGUUGCGCGAGUCCUGGAGAGCAAUUAACUGAGAAGGCUUGAAAGAGAAGCGUUGACUGUUGGGUCUGUGGGCAAGAUGGAUUCUCCACAGAAGGUCGUAGACCAUCGGCCCUUCUGCCCCAGUCUGAAAUGCUUUGUGAAGACGCUGCGGUUGGAUGUUAUCAACUCGAUGGUAACAACACUAUUCAUGCUUAUUGUGUCUGUGUCGGCUCUAAUACCAGAAACCUCAACAAUGAUAAUGGUUGGAGGGGUGUUUGGUUUCCUGACAGUAAUAUGUACUGUUGCUGAUUGUGCCCUUAUGUGCCAGAAACUCCGGUUUCGUCCACAUGGACCUUAUCAGGACAGGUCUGCUACUGAUGUACAUGACAGUUAAUUUUAUACUCAUUUUUACUAGCUAUUAAAUUAAUUCUUUAUACUUCCAUA